AUGGCCAGCAGUGACGACGCCCGCAAAGCUGUUACUAGUGCCAUCGCAAAUGCCGGGUCAAAGUCAGUCGGGAUGAUGGUCGGUGCUGCUAUGUCCUCAAAGGACAAGCGAGACGAAAACCGCAAGGCGCGCGAUGCCAACACACAACCGUCUACGCAGACAUCCACAUCUAAUACCUCUAGUGCAGGUACUGAGCAGAAGAAUACUGGUUAA